AUGUCUCCAUCAACCAGUGGCCAUGUUGACUAUGACCGCAUCUCCAACAAAGGUCGCCAAUCACCGCGGCCACUACAAGGCGCAGAAUUACCGGCCGCAUGGGGGAUCGGCUGGAGGUGUCCAACUCUGAUGGUCGGGCUUGUCACUUGCGGGGCGAUGCUUUCAGUAGGUCAUCAUUUCUACUACCGCAGUUUUGAUCAGACCCUUGUCGAUUCUAGGAACCAGCAAGCGUGGGCAAUCCGAAUUGGGACCGGCUUUGCCUUUCUCGUCAAAUCAUGCCUUGUCUCCGCGGUUGGAGUCGCUGCAGUGCAGGAGACCUGGGCCACCCUCCGCCGGAAGAGUGUGAAGCUAAGUGGGAUUGACAGCAUGUUUGCAGUCCUGGACAGUCCGCUUGCCUUUUUCACCCCUGACCUAUGGCUGUAUGCAAAGACGCUCACGGCCCUGGCAAUCAUCUCCUGGCUGAUACCCUUGACUGCUAUUAUUACGCCGUCUACUCUCUAUGUUGUUGCCAUGCAAGCCCGGCAGACCUCCAGGCUAGGUGUUCCAAGCGUGAGCUUUGCUGAUUCCUUCUGGUCUGGUGAGGCGGCAUUAGAAGGAGCAGGACGCAUUAAUGCCCCCUCACCAAAUCUCAGCCGCCUCUUUACAGUGACUGCCUCAUCUAUGCAAGUACUUCCAGUCCCUGCACCGUUCCCAAAUUCGUCCUACUUGUUAGAAUUCUGGGGCCCUUCCUACAAGUGCCAGAGCCUCAGCGAAGCUCUCUUGAACGUGCACGGGUUGAGCCAGGGACUAUGGGAUAGGCAGAACCCACUGUGGAAUAAUAAUGCCUCUCAACCAACUGAGCUUGUCUGCCAGCUCUGGAAUACCUCCUACAUGGUCAGCCUUACUUUCAACGACGGCAUUCAGACCCUGACACCUAUAUCAGUCGAUCACAUUGCCUAUUCUAACUGGAGCUCAGAAGCUGGUACUUACUCUCUACUCCAGAAUAGCGAUCCGACAGUCAAUGGGGGGUUCUACGUGGUACAUAUGCUAUUUUCUGGCCUUAUCCAGGGUAACUUGCGCACUGGUGUUUCAGGGUCAGUGAGAGAGAACAUUACCUCACAGACAGCAUUUACCAAGUUGUCCAUUGCACAGACUGGUCUCUUUGCAUGUCCAGAGAUGUGGAAUGGCAGUAACAGUGAUUAUCUUUAUGGCAACAGCUUAAUGACUUCUUGCCGGAACAGAACGCUGGCGCGAGCAAUUGAAGAUCUCUCACACAAUCUCACCUACAAUCUCCUCAGCCUUAAUGCCGCAAACACCACUGUUGAUGUGCUGGAUUUGACCUCGCGCAACUUCUACAUUUAUGAUCAGGAGUACCUGAUAUUAGCCUAUAUGACUGCGCUUGGUGUUACUGUUGCUUGCAUUAUUAUUGGAUUCUUUGCCUUGCGGCGAAAUGGUGUCUCACAGAGAACCUCAUUUUCAAGUGUUCUGAUGACGACGCGGAAUCCGGAUUUGGACCGUCUGGCUGUCGGCCAUUGUCUGGGAGCAGAGCCGUUAGAAAAGGAGAUUGGGAAGGUCCUGUUGCAAUAUGGGGAGAUCGAGAGCCCCGGUCAGCGGCAUAAGCACGCAGCAUUUGGAACCAAGGGGUCAGUGGUGGCUCUGUCAAAGGGAGAAGACUAUUACUAG